AUGAAACGAGAGCUUGAGGAGCCUAUUUCCAUUAGAUCUUCUGAUAUAAAUACCGCCAAUUGGGACAAGGAUAUAGCUUUUUUGAAGAAACUUCAUAAAUCAGUGGUUACGAUAUACACAUUUUUAGUGUCGUCAGGCCGAUACAUAGUGACAACAUAUUCGGCAAUCAAACCAGCUGUAGAAAAAGACAUAGGCCGUCCUCUAACUGUUGAUGAUUUGGCACAGAUAAAGUAUCUUGUGCCAGAUGAUGUUGUAUUAGCCUACGUGGAUGAAAAUCAGGUUGAGGAACAUGCAGCUCCUGUUACCACCAGGAAUGGUUUUGAAACAACAGAUCGUGAUAUAUAUCGGUUGUCUACGAUAGAAAAUGAUGGUUUUGAGGAGCAGGAUGAAAUCCCCGUUGAGCCUCCCCGGAGACUGCUUGUUUUUGAGUUUGUCGAUGGGAAAGUGCGGCCAGAAGUAGCAAAGAAACGAAAAAUGACGCCGACUCCUCGACCUGCAUCCAAGAUUGUGAAACCGCCUAGAUUCUCAGUAGAAAACAUAAAAAAGAUGAUUGACAAGAGAAUCGAAAAGUAUUCCGUUGCUUUAGAAGCAUUCCGACUCUCUUGUCUUGCUUCUGGUGUGGAUCUCUUGGCCACAUUGGAGGAAAGAUCCAAGCCAUUCAUUCCUGUUCUUGAACAGUUUGAGGAUCCUGUCGAGUAUAUGAUGAAGAAUUCAGGAAAUGCCUUUGAGAACAAGGAAUCCGGGUCAAUAGCCAAGUUCAUUCGAGACGUUAAGCAGUCACCCGACUACGCUGAUCAAAUUGUCAAAGAUGGGGAAAUCCAUGUGAUUUCCAGAGACGCCCAGUAUGGAUCUAGUGAUAUUUGUGACGUUCUAUCAUACUCCCUUGUGAUCGCUUUAAAAGAACUACGAAAUAUAACAAGAUUAUACUCACAUCAAGAGCUAGCUUUGAACAGUUUGAAAUGUGAUAAAACAAAAGGGGUUAUAGUAACCACAUCAACAUCGUCCGGGAAAUCGCUGGUUUUUCAGCUGCCUGUUCUUGAUUCGCUUCUUAAAUCAAAAGACACUACAACUGCUAUGUAUAUUUUUCCCACCAAGGCACUUGCUCAAGAUCAGAAGAGGUCAUUUUUAGAACUAUUGAAUGCGAUCCCAGAAUUGCAGGGAAUAGUGGCAGAAACUUAUGACGGAGAUACUGAUCAAGAGAAGCGAUACUUUGUCCGCAACAACUCGAAUAUCAUAUUUACCAAUCCUGAUAUGGUUCAUGCGAGUAUUUUACCAAACUGGGAUCUAUGGGCAACAUUUCUGCGGAACCUGAAAUGUAUUGUUGUGGAUGAGCUCCAUAUCUACAGCGGGUUAUUUGGUGCACAUGUGGCAUAUAUAAUGAGACGUCUACUGCGAAUUGUUAAUGAACUAGGAAAUACGGAUGUCAAGAUAAUAUCCUGUUCUGCAACAGUUCGGAAUCCAUUGAACUUGAUGUCAAACAUAUUCGGGUUUUCUUCUGAUGAAAUUGUUGUCGUGGACAAAGAUGGAUCUUCUAUGGGUUCAAGAACCUACCUACUUUGGAACUGUCGAUACGUUAGUCCAAAAGACCAUAAGAGUGGACGAGUUCACCCUGUUGGUGAGGCAGCACAUCUAUUGAUUAAUCUGACCUCGCGCGGUAUACGAACUAUUGCAUUUUGCAGAGUAAGAAGAACUUGCGAACUCUUAAUGAAGAGCGUAAGAAGCAUGUUAGAAACCAGUGGUCGGACAGAUUUAUUGUCAAGACUUAUGGCCUAUAGGGGUGGGUAUUCGUUAGAAGAUCGUCGACGGAUUGAAAAGGAAAUGUUUGACGGGCGUUUGUUGGGCAUUGUUGCCACAAAUGCCUUGGAGUUGGGAAUUGACAUCGGGAACCUUGAUGCAGUGUUAAUAGUUGGUUUCCCAUUUACUAUUUCCAACUUACGCCAGCAAUGCGGGAGAGCUGGAAGAAGGAACCACGAUGCGCUUGCGUUAAUCAUAGGAAGUGGUGAUGCAGUUGAUCAGUAUUAUAUGAACAAUCCUAAUGCAAUCAUGGAAGCCCCCGAUGCUGAUAUCCCCCUGGCGUUGGAUAAUUUGCUAAUUCAAGAGAGUCAUUUACAAUGUGGGGCCUAUGAACUACCUAUCAGACUUGAUAUUGAUGCUAAGUACUUCGGGUUUUCGAUUGAAGCUGAUGCUACAGAAAAGCAAGUCUGGGAGGACCUGGUAAAAAGUCGGCUGGUUGAAUUGGAGGAAGUAGAGAAUGCAUAUACAUGUCAAGACAAAUAUCUUCCUCAGCCUAGUAGCCAUGUGGUGAUCCGGGGAAUUGAGGAAGAUGAGUUUGCUGUAGUUGAUACGACUAACAACCGGAAUGUGGUGAUGGAAACCGUUGAAGCAUCAAGAGUCAUGUUUACAUUGUAUGAGGGGGGUAUUUUUAUUCACCAAGGCCAGCCAUACUUGGUUCAAGAGUUCAACCCUACUCAAAAGUAUGCUAAAGUUGCACGUGUGGAUGUUGACUGGAUUACUCGCCAGCGUGACUAUACUAAUGUUGAUCCAAUUGAGACUGAACUUUAUUCUGUAUUAAGUACGGAGGAAGACUUGCAACAGGGUGAGAGGUAUGCUGCAUGCUUUGGGAGAAUUAGAUAUGAAGCAGUUGUUUUUGGCUUUUUCAAGAUAGAUAAGAGAGACCGCAUCGUAGAUGCGGUUGAGGUCGACAAUCCUCCAUGGAUUUACGAGUCGAAAGGUUUCUGGAUUGAUGUACCCAACAGCGCAUUGAGAAUUUUAAAGCAGAAAGGCUUAUCGAUUGCAGGUGCCGUCCAUGGAGCUGAACAUGCUCUUCUUAGUUUAUUUCCAAUGUUCGUCACCGCUCUCCCUGGAGAAGUCUCAACCGAAUGUAAAGCUCCUGAAAAGGAAUAUUCGCAUAGAACCACGAACAGGAAACGUCCCGCUAGGCUAAUUUUUUGCGAUCGUAAAGGUGGUAAACAGGGAGCAGGUAUAUCAAGAAAGGCGUUUGAAUUCGCAGACGACCUAGUUCGACAGGCGCUGGAUAGGGUCGAAAGCUGUCCAUGCGAAUUUGGCUGUCCAGGAUGUGUUGCCUCCCCCCAGUGUCGUGAACACAGCGAAAUUAUUUCGAAAGUUGGGGCUCUAGUCAUAUUCAAAGAGCUUAGACAUGCGCCGUUAGAUCUUGAAACCAUCCCCCAAGGGCCAGAACCAAACUUGAAAAAGGCCACUUCAGCAGAGACUGUGAUAGCAGCUUCUCCAGUGAAGAUGACACCCAAGGCGAGGUCAAGUAUGAUGGAUAGAAAAAAUGUCCCAGGAGUAGUUCUGUUUCCCGAAUGA